AGUUUUUUCUUCCGUGUUCCCGCGGCCGAAAGCGCUUUCCCGCGGUUGAUCGAAACGAGCGAUGGACUUCCCGCCAUUUGCCAAGCGUUUCCCGGGAGGUCCGGUGGAGGCGAUGCACGCCAUGCACCCCGAGGUCGAGCGACAGGUCUUGGACCGACUUCAGAUGAAUGCCCUUCAUGGCUUUCCUCCUGCUGGAGCAAUGGGUGCGGCUUCAGUGCAGCAAGUGCAAGCACAGCAAGCGCUGCAAGCGCAGCAAGCGCUGCAAGCGCAGCAAGCCCACGCCAUUGGCCGCAUGCGCACGCCUGGAGAUGGGAUGCAGGCUGCGCAGGCCUGGACGGCUGUUCCUGGCACGGAGGCCAACUUCAGAGCCUUCGAUCAGGUGCCUGGUGGCCACUUCAACAAGAUGUCGAUCCCCUCGGAGGCUCCCGGCUAUGUGUUGAAUGGACAGUUCCAGGGCCUGCCACAGGGGGCGCUCUCCAAACCUGCCGUCUACAUGCAGCCUAGCCUUCCGACGCCCUUCAACUGCUUCCUCAUUGGCGACGGAGGGCUCAGUCCGCUGAGCCCCAAGGACGUCCAGGUGCCAAGCCCACCGUCACCCACCUCCUUCAUUCAGGCCUUUCCCUUGAUGCCCCUCCAGCAGGAGCGACAGCCGCAGGUGAUCCCAUUCCUGCAGCCUUCGCAGGUGCCACAGUCCACUUGCGCCGACCAGGAGGCCAGCGAAGGUAGCAUCGGGCAUCCAGAGCUUUGUAGGCGACCAUGCUUUUACUUCGCCAAGGGAUGCUGCGAGAACGGCGCCCAGUGCGGAUAUUGUCACCUGCCACAUGGAGAGCGGGCGCCGAAGCUGGACAAGCGCCAGCGCCUGGUGCUCCAAUCGCUGCCCGAGAAGCUUCUGUUGGAGAUGCUCCAGCGGGCGGUGCGCGGCCGGGCGGAGCAGAACGCGACCAUGCCUGGCCCGGCGAUCGCUGAGAUCAUGCAGCUGUGGGAGAGGCGCCUGACCUGCCUGAGCACUUCGGGCGUCGACACCGUGUCGGGCGAGGAACCGGUGCCCGACCGGUACGUGCGAAACUUGAGCAAGAUCCUGCGGAGGAUGAACAUCUCGGAGCUGGUGGCCUUAGCGAUCCGCGGCGCCAAGGAGGAUAGCGCCUAUGUCUCGGAGCUGCGCGAGGCGUUGGGACGCUUGCGCGAGAAGUCCAUGUGACGCACCUCGUCGUCGACGCACCUCCUCACAAGGACCAUGGAGUAGGAGUUGGUUGGGACGUGAAGCGGAAGGGAUCAAGAUCCGUUGGAGCAGCAUUGGUGGAGCUUGAUCUUCUCAGAUUCGAGUGGGAAGGUAGUCACAGAUGGAAAGCAUGCAUGGUGCAGAGCGAGCUUUACAGAAUUCCGGUCAAAGAUUUACUUCUGGAGUUCAUUUGGUGGGAAUGGGCUUGGGGCCAAACCUGCAUGGUGACUGAC